AUUUCUGCCUCCCAAGUCGCCUGAGACUAUAGGUGCGUGCCACCGUGCCUGGCUGGUUCUUGACCUCUUUGGGUCAAGUAAUCCUUUGAAAAUCUGUUGAAAGCUGGUGACUCAUUCAUCCCUCAUGGGGGGGAAACCACACAUGCUUGCAACAUAUUGACUAGGGGAUUUACACUAGAGUUCUCCAAGGAGAAAUUUUAUUUCCGGGAAUUUAUAAAAUUGUCAUGGUCUGUGUUUCCCAAGUGAGUGGCUGAACUUGGUGUCCAGAGAGUCCAUACUUUUGAGCCUCUUCUGCAUUUGCUUCAGAAUACUAACCAGGCAUGAAUGAUCUGAAGUUCCAAACCCUUCUGGCUUUAUUUUAACCAUGCAUUAGUUUCAGCCAGAUUCCCAAUAGAAUACAAAACAGGAUAGAUUGGAAUCCCCCACUCUUCCUUGUCUUGAUUCUUGCUCGUCCCAGUGGAUCACCUUCUGAUUAUCUAGUUGGAGGAGAACAAAUCAAAGAGUCAAGAGGCAGGUGAGAGCCGGACGCCUACACACCCGAGUUUGUGCAUUAGAUACAUGCACAAAAGUGAAAAGAAUCUGCGUCUAAAAUCAGUGAGUAGACAGUAGCCUCUUCAGCACACCCUGUUCUUUCCUUGGUGUAAGUGAGCCUGGACCAGGCUGUGGAUUCUAACAGCCUAGGAACCAGGGUCCCCCAACAUGGAAGCUCUGGCCUGUCCCUGACUUCACAGCCCUAGUAGUCGUGGUAUGAAUGAAGAUCUGGUGGCCCCUGUGAGACAAGCGUUAAGAGUCACAGCCCGCUGGGUUUGGGAAAGGGAAAGAACGCAGGAGAGGUAGGAUUUUUUUUUUUUUUUCCUGGUUAAGAUUCAUGGGGAAAGAUUGCUCUCUCUGCGUCCUUCCGUUCGACCAAGGUGUCUGUUGCUCCAUAAAUAAAGCGUCCUACUGCUUUGGUGAGCACUAUAAAGGCAGCAGGAAGACUGUUCCCAGGGCAUUCCGGGCAGGCAGAGAGCACAGGAGCCCAAACAGGUGGCCGUAGGCGCGGUUUGUCGUCAGCGCCAAGAACUGCAGGAUCGGACCGGCUCUCUAGCGCGGCUACAACAGGUGUCACCCGCGGCUGCUCCCAGGUGCCAGCUGUGGACUGCUUGCCCGGUGCUCCCGAGUGUCUUUUCUCAUCGCCUCCCUCCCGACCCGUGGUCGCAGGCCAUGGCAGCGCCGAGCAGCAGGUCGGAGCCGCAGCAGCUCGCCGAGUACAGCUGCAGCUACGUGGUGUCGCGGCCAGUGUACAGCGAGCUCGCCUUCCAGCAUCAGCGCGAGCGGCGCCUGCAGGAGCGCAGGACGCUGCGGGACAGCCUGGUGCGGAGCUGCAGUUGCUCAAGAAAGAGAGCCUUUGGUAUACUGAAGACUCUCCUGCCCAUAUUGGACUGGCUCCCCAAAUACAGAGUCAAGGAAUGGUUGCUGAGUGACAUCAUCUCUGGAGUUAGCACUGGGCUAGUGGGUACCCUACAAGGGAUGGCUUAUGCCCUGCUAGCUGCAGUUCCUGUUGAAUACGGUCUCUACUCUGCCUUUUUUCCUAUCCUGACGUAUUUUGUCUUUGGGACAUCAAGACACAUCUCAGUUGGACCUUUCCCCGUGGUCAGUUUAAUGGUGGGAUCUGUUGUUCUGAGCAUGGCUCCAGAUGACUACUUUCUUGUGCCCAGUGGUAAUGGAAGUGCAUCAAACAUGACCACGUUAGAUACCGGAACCAGAGAUGCGGCCAGAGUACUAAUUGCAAGCACCCUCACUCUUCUAGUAGGAAUAAUACAGCUGAUAUUUGGAGGUCUGCAGAUUGGAUUCAUAGUGAGGUACUUGGCAGACCCUUUGGUUGGUGGAUUCACAACAGCUGCUGCCUUCCAAGUGCUGGUCUCACAGCUAAAGAUCGUGCUCAAUGUUUCAACCAAAAACUACAAUGGCAUCCUCUCCAUUAUCUAUACACUAAUUGAGAUUUUUCAAAAUAUCAGUGAUACCAACAUUGCAGAUUUCAUUGCUGGAUUACUCACCAUCAUCAUCUGUAUGGCUGUUAAGGAAUUAAAUGAUCGAUUUAAGCACAAAAUCCCAGUCCCUAUUCCUAUAGAAGUGAUCGUGACAAUAAUUGCCACUGCCAUUUCCUACGGGGCCAACUUGGAAAAAAAUUACAAUGCUGGCAUUGUUAAGUCCAUCCCAAGUGGGUUCUUGCCUCCUGCACUUCCGUCUGUGGGCCUGUUUUCUGAUAUGCUGGCUGCAUCCUUUUCCAUUGCUGUGGUGGCUUAUGCUAUUGCCGUGUCUGUAGGAAAAGUCUAUGCCACCAAGCAUGAUUAUAAAAUCGAUGGAAACCAGGAAUUCAUCGCCUUUGGGGUAAGCAACGUCUUCUCUGGAUUCUUCUCCUGUUUUGUGGCUACCACUGCUCUGUCUCGAACGGCUGUCCAGGAGAGCACUGGGGGAAAGACACAGGUUGCUGGCAUCAUCUCAGCUGGGAUUGUAAUGAUUGCCAUUGUUGCCCUAGGGAAGCUUCUGGAACCCUUGCAGAAGUCAGUCCUGGCAGCUGUCGUCAUCGCCAAUCUGAAAGGGAUGUUCAUGCAGGUGUGCGAUGUUCCUUGUCUGUGGAAGCAGAAUAAGACUGAUGCCGUUAUCUGGGUGUUUACAUGCAUAAUGUCCAUCAUUCUGGGGCUGGACCUGGGUUUGCUAGCUGGCCUCUUAUUUGGACUACUGACUGUGGUCCUGAGAGUUCAGUUCCCAUCAUGGACCGGCCUUGGAAGUGUCCCCAGCACAGACAUCUAUAAAAGUAUCAUACAUUAUAAAAAUCUUGAAGAGCCUGAAGGAGUGAAGAUUCUGAGAUUUUCUAGUCCUAUUUUUUAUGGCAAUGUUGAUGGUUUUAAAAAAUGUGUCAAGUCCACAGUUGGAUUUGAUGCCAUUAGAGUUUAUAACAAAAGGCUGAAAGCACUGAGGAGAAUACAGAAACUCAUCAAAAAAGGACAAUUAAGGGCAACAAAGAAUGGGAUCAUAAGUGAUGUUGGUUCAUCAAAUAAUGCUUUUGAACCUGAUGAAGAUAUUGAAGAGCCAGAGGAACUUGAUAUUCCAACCAAAGAAAUUGAGAUUCAAGUGGACUGGAACUCUGAACUCCCGGUUAAAGUGAAUGUCCCCAAAGUGCCAAUCCACAGCCUGGUGCUGGACUGUGGAGCUGUGUCCUUCCUGGAUGUGGUAGGAGUGAGGUCAUUGCGAAUGAUUGUCAAAGAAUUUCAGAGAAUUGAUGUGAAUGUGUACUUUGCUCUGCUUCAAGAUGAUGUGCUAGAGAAGAUGGAGCAGUGUGGGUUCUUUGAUGACAACAUUAGAAAGGACAGAUUCUUUCUGACGGUUCAUGAUGCUAUACUCUAUCUGAAGAACCAGGUUAAAUCCAGGGAGGGCCAGGAUUCUCUUCUAGAGACGAUCACCCUCAUUCAAGACUGUAAAGAUCCUCUUGAACUGAUGGAAGCAGAGAAGAAUGAGGAAGAACUUGAUGUUCAGGAUGAGGCCAUGCGUAGACUUGCUUCCUGAGAGUGGGUUCAGGGGUCACUGUCAGCAAGGACUCCUAGACAGACUUGGCCAUCAGGUCAUUCUCUGCAAGUGUUCUCUGCACUGAUUAUUUCUUCGUACUUAAACAGCCAUCCUUUUACUGCUAUGUUAGAAAUAUUUACAUUUUUAGCUGGGCCGUGGUGGCACACGCCUUUAAUCCCAGCACUUGGGAGGCAGAAGCAGGUGG